UUUGCGCGCAGGAUGCGCUCGAGGACUACCACCGGAACACACUACAUUAAUGGCAAUAUUCGUGAAUACUUGAGAUUCAAAAUGAACACGAGCUGAUCUGAUAACAUGCCUGAUUUAAUAUUAACACCGACGGACGUUGUAAAGUUUCUGGGCGACUCUCCGGAGCUCAGCAACAUCAGCGCUGCUCCGGAGCAUCCGCACUUGCAUUCAGGCAUCGUUAUCGCCACCGUUUACGCGCUCCUCAUCACUGCUGGACUAAUUGGUAAUGUGACGCUCAUUAGGACGUUUUGCAUCGUAAAAUCCAUGCGCAAUGUGCCAAAUCUCUUCAUGUCGAGUCUCGCUCUCGGAGAUGUGCUGCUGCUGGUCACCUGCGCGCCCGUGGAUGCCAGCAAGUUUCUAGCGGACGAGUGGCUUUUCGGGCGGAUGGGCUGUAAACUCAUCCCGUUCAUCCAGCUGACAUCGGUUGGAGUCUCGGUGUUCACGCUCACAGCGCUGGCAGCGGACAGAUACAAGGCCAUCGUCAAGCCAAUGGAUAUCCAGACAUCUAAAGCCUCGCUAAAGGUCUGCCUUAGGGCUGCGUCAAUCUGGCUGCUCUCCAUGAUCCUGGCCAUUCCUGAGGUGGUGUUCUCUGAUCUACACUCCUUCCACAUCCCAGAAACCAAUGAGACUUUUAAAGCAUGUGCUCCUUACCCUCACGCUGGAGAUCUGCACCCCAAAAUCCAUUCCAUGGCCUCCUUCCUUAUUCUGUACAUCAUUCCUCUUUUCAUUAUUUCUGUGUACUACAUCUUUAUUGCCAGAAGUCUGAUUCAGAGUGCGAUUAACAUGCCUGUGGAGGGAAAUGCGCACAUUCGGAGGCAGAUUGAGUCACGGAUACGGCUUGCCAAGACCGUGCUGGUGUUUGUGGGUCUCUUUGCCAUCUGCUGGCUUCCGAACCAUGUGAUUUACCUCUACCGGUCCUACCAUUACACAGAAGUGGACACCUCAAUGGCCCAUUUCAUCUCCAGCGUGUGCGCACGUAUCCUUGCCUUCACCAACUCUUGUGUGAAUCCCUUUGCUCUCUACCUGCUCAGCAAAUCCUUUAGAAAGCAGUUCAACAAGCAGCUUUGCUGCUGUUGCCCGUCCAUCUUGACGUAUUCACAAACCGCUAGGCGUAACAAUACACGACAGAGUUCAAUCAAAAGUACCCAGAACCACUCUGUGGCCAGCUUCAGCCUUGUCAAUGGCAAUGUUGUCUGCAAUUAGAGCUUAACUACUUCUUCUACAGCUCCAUUAUAGAAAGAGUUCACUCAAAAAACAAACAAAACAAAACAAAAAAAUGUACGUCUUGUUUAAAAUUUUACAUUUGCAACAGCAGGCAGGUUUGUUGAGUAAUUAAUAACAGAAUUUUCAUGUUUUGGUUGAACAGUUCUUUUAAAAGUUAAGUUGUAGGAACCACAUAAAAUUGGGAAGGUUUUUUGCCUGUUGAUUAUUGAUGGAUUGGAUUUUGUAUUGUAAUAGGUGUUUGUUCUUUUCUCUCUGAAAGUACAAAUGAAAAUACAAUCAAAAAUGAGGACAAUGGAACAUUCUAUGGUCUUUCGGUUAUCUGUAACUGAAUUCUAACUCUGCUGCAAUCAGUGGCAGCAUUUCACUAAACCACAGGGAAACGCUACCCCGGUUGCAAUCAAUGUUGGUAAGUAAAGUUGUUAAUUAACUGUUAAUUAACGCAGUUUCAAUGAUAUUUAAAGAUAAAUGUCUAUGUCUAUAGUAAAUGUGCUUAAACUGAGAGGCACAUGGGGCCUGCAUGUGCACAGAUGGGAUUUUUGUUGUUGUUAUUGUUGCAAAAACAAAACUGAAAGUUCAGACCUGAAACAAGGACUCCCUGGUAGAAAAGAUACUGUAUCUCAACAGGACCUUCAUGGUUAAAUAAAUUAAAUAUUAAAAAAUACAUUACUUGAGACGUGAGACUCUUCAGAUCAAACAAUGGAUGAGAGAAACGGUAGACUUGAUCAGAAUGGAGGUGUCUCUAGACAUGUUUGAAACAUUUUAAAACAUGAAAAAAGCAAAAAAGUAAUGACAUGGUCAAAGACAUCCAUCUUGUGUACGUGAACAAUGUAAAAAUGUAAAAGUGUGGUGAAUAUCGCAACUAUUUUAGUGAAUUGGUGGUUAAUUUGUAUGAAUUUGAAUGAUCUUAUUUGUAUUUUCUUGUGUAUUAAUGAUAUCCAGAUUAUCCAGUGCUAUUUGUUCUCUAUGUUCUUAAGUAUCUUGAUACUAUGGGCCAGAUUUACUAAACCGGGCAAAUCAGUGCUUGAGCGCAAUUUCAUAAAAGCACAGAUGGCAGGGAAAAAUUCUGCGGAUGCUUUACUAACAAUGCGCACAUUAAAGAACACAGACGCAACCAGAUUAUUUCCAUAAUGACCAGCGGAAUCUACCAAGAGCAGCGCAAAUACCAGUAAAUUGGCGAGUGCAAACAUUAUUAAAUUGUGUUGCGUGAUUAAUUUUAAUACUCUCCUCCCAUAAAUUAAUAAUAUAAAAAUUAACUGUCCACGCCUUUUCAGCGCUAAUGCUUUAAUGCGCAUCUUUAGUAAAUCCUGACAGUAGGCUAGUAGGCCUAUUUUAACACCAAAAGAUGGUUUGUAAACACAAGCUGUUUGUAAAUCUGGCCCUAUAUGGUUUACCUACUGUAUAUAUUAUAAAUGAUUAUAAUUGCUUUUGAAUAUGAACAAAACUAGCAUCCUUUAAAGGAAAAAUUAAAGAAAAAAAAGAUAAUUGGCUAAUGUUUUGCUGUAUUAUUUCAUCAGUAUUGUGUACAAGGUAAAUCCUGAUAGGAAAUGGGCUGGAUUUGCUGAAGGACACAUGCUUUUGUGGUGCCUUUAGGGGAUAAUUCUUAUUUUCUUCAUUGCUGUUUUGUGACUCGGCCCUUCAUGAUGCUUUUUUAUUGUAUUUGCCAAAGAGCAUAGUAGCAAAGUGAUGGAGCUUUUCAUUUUGUAGAUGUCGUAGACUGCUGUUCUUUUAUCUAAAAAGGUGAAAAGAAAACUUUUCGACCUGUAAUGAAGUUAAUGUGCAAUCAUGUUGUUGAUGUUGUUGUUGUUGUUGUGGACUUGUGAUCGUUUCACAUGAAGAAACUCAAGUGUAUUUGACUUUGUGAAUAAAAUGGUGCAUUUACCCGCUAAAAUA